UGGGGCUGGCGGUUGUUGCUCAUGUCAGCCAACUACCUGACGUCGGCUUUCCGCUGCCGCGGCUGUCGUUACGUUCGCCAAGACCCAACGGCGCCCGGACGUCACUCGCCAGAAGCCACGUUCGAAUUCCACCAUCUCUCUUCCCACGCCCCUCUUCUCUAUUCUUACCAUCCCAUCUGUUUGCAGCGCUUCCAUCAUGGUCAAUUGGCGAUCCUCUACUCUGCUCCUGCUCUCCUUGCGCGCACUUGGUGCCUUUGCCGCAGCUGAGGCUGAAAAGGUCCAAGAGCAAGUCAAGGAGCCGCAGACGCCCAACAUCAAUGUCGCCGUCUCCGUCUCAUUUCCCCAAUCUGAGAUUUUUGGCGUGAAGCUCGUCAACGGCCAUGCCACCGAGGCGCGUCUUUCCGUCACCAACAAUGAGCCUACACCUAUUGGCGUUUCCGUUGUUGGCGGCUCGCUCGUCUCUGAGGUCGCCGGUAAAUCCCAAAUCGUCCGCAACCUUACUUCGAAGCGCUACUCGAUCGAGAUUCCCGCUGGCGCCGAGGAGACUGUUCCUUACAGCUUCACUCUCGACAUGCACCCGCAAAACCUACGCCUGGAACUUAUUACUGUGUUGAAGGGCGCCAACAAUACCGUAUUCACCGUUCCCGCCUACAACGAGACUGUUAGCGUUGUCGAGGCCCCCAACAGCUUCUUUGAUCCUCAGAUCCUCUUCCUUUACCUUGUCGUCCUUGGUGCCUUUGGCGGAACCGUCUACUUCAUCUACAACACCUGGAUCAGCACUUUCUUCCCUCAGAAGAAGGGCCACGGCAAGGGUGGUGAGCGCGCCAGGAUGUCUUCGGGCCAGAGCAAGAAGGUCGACCCUGCCGACCAGGUUGCAGUCGUCGGUGCCGAUGGCCCCGCGGUCACUUCUGGCGCCAAGGCCUAUGAUGAGAGCUGGAUUCCCGCCUCGCACCUCCAGCGGCCCGAAGCGAAACGCGUCCGCAGCGGCACUCCCAAGGCCAAGCCCAAGGCCUAGAUACCUCGAGCACCUACGAUACAGAAGGCUUGGGAUACUUAUGCUAUACAAAUGUGGUAGCAUGCCAACAGGACAUGCGCGUGCAUGACAUGAAGCAACAGUGUGUUGGCAUUGGUGGCUUUGUAUACGGCGAUUGCUCUAUACGAAGCUGUCGCAUGUUGCAGGGAGGACAAGUUGUCUUGACGAAUUGGGUAUAAUGCCGAAAAGAUGGAUAACUUUGUAUAUUAGAAAAGUAAUAUGAUACGACAUGUUGUACCAUGAA